AUGCAGCUCAUUGACGAAGUAUCCGCCGAUUUGCAGAAGAAUUUCCAGCCGCUGAAGGAAGUAGUGCUCAAGGGGAUGAAAUGGGAUGCGUAUAUUCCUUCCGUGUCAGCUAGCCUGGAGUAUCUCAAGUAUUGCGGUGGGACGAAGCUAGCGACGUAG